CAGGUAAGCAAAAGCAGCAGAAGCCAACUUCUGGUUGUGCAGAAUUCCCCUUCGGCUCUUCUGACCAAAGUCCCACCACUCCCUCUACCUGGCAGCCUGUGCCCUGGGCCUCACCUGGACACGUCUGAGUAGGAGCAAGCCAGCUCCAUCCAUCCACAGCCAUGAAUUUCCUCCGUCGACGUCUCUCUGACAGCAGCUUUGUGGCCAACCUUCCCAAUGGCUACAUGACGGACCUGCAGCGCCCGGAUAGCUCCAUCAGCUCCCCUGCUUCCCCGGCUAUGGAAAGGAGGCACCCCCAGCCCCUGGCAGCCUCCUUCUCCUCUCCAGGAUCCAGUCUUUUUAGCUCCCUCUCCAGUGCCAUGAAACAGACCCCUCAGGCCCCCUCGGGGCUGAUGGAGCCUCCGGGUCCCUCCACGCCUAUUGUUCAAAGACCCCGGGUCCUGCUGGUGAUCGAUGAUGCCCACACAGACUGGUCCAAGUAUUUCCAUGGAAAGAAAGUGAAUGGAGAGAUUGAGAUUCGAGUGGAACAGGCUGAAUUCUCAGAGUUGAACCUAGCUGCCUACGUGACUGGGGGCUGCAUGGUCGACAUGCAAGUCGUGAGAAAUGGGACCAGAGUUGUAAGGUAA